AUGCCGAAGAAAAGUUCCAGUAGUAAACAAACUUCCCUUUUCGAUAUUAGAUUGAAAAAUCAUGAACACGAUGUGUUGGUUUUGAAAGGUUCACCACAAGAUGCUGCCUCGGCUUUAUUGAGUGGGAAGAUAGCAUUAUCAGUUAAAGAACCCUUCACCAUUAGAAAGAUCAAUCUUCGUUUGUAUGCCACCAUGAGAUUGAAUUGGAAUGAAAGUGUUAACACCACUAAAGGUAGUCAUGAUAGAAAUAUUCAUCAUGAAAGGAAGAUUUAUGAAUAUUGUUGGGAUCAUAUGGAAAUAAAUAAAUAUUUGAAUCAUAUGUAUGAAAAUGCCAGUGAAGGUGGGAGUAUUGUAGGACAAUCAAAUAGUCCCGUGCCAUUAUCAAGAAAUAGUUCAACUUCGUCAUUAAAAAAUUUAGGUGGUUUAGGAGGAUUUAGAUCUAAAUCCUCAGGUAAUUUAUCGGGAUUAUCAGGAUUAUCAAGAAUAUCACCAAGUUCUUCAACAUCAAAUUUGACUACUUCAUCAUCAUCAGCUAAUCUGAAAAGUUCUAACCAUACUUUAGUUUCAGGUAAUUAUGAAUUUCCUUUUAGUACUAUAUUACCUGGAGAUAUGCCAGAAUCUGUUGAAGGAUUACCUGGAGCUUCAGUCAUCUAUAAAUUAGAAGCAUCUAUUGAUAGAGGAAAAUUCCAUCAACCAAUGGUAACUAAAAAGCAUUUAAGAGUGGUUAGAACAUUAACUACUGAUUCAGUCGAAUUAUCUGAAUCAGUGGCUGUUGAUAAUACUUGGCCUAAAAAAGUUGAAUAUUCUUUGAAUGUUCCAUCUAAAGCUAUUGCCGUUGGAUCUUCAGUUCCAAUAACAUUAUCCAUGGUUCCAUUGUUGAAAGGUUUAAGAUUAGGAGAGAUAAAAAUCAAUUUAUGUGAAUAUUAUUCUUAUAUGGGAUAUGUUCCACCAGUUCAUAAUGGUGAAAGAACCAUUGCCAAUAAAACCAUUCCUAGACCCGAUGAUGAUGAUCCUAAUUUCCAAAUGGAUAAAUGGCAAGUCGAUUGUGUUUUAAAAAUCCCUCCAAGUUUAUCAAAAUGUACUCAAGAUGUUGAUAUCUUGACCAAUAUAAAAGUUCGUCAUAAAAUUAAAUUCGCUAUAGGAUUAGUUAAUCCUGAUGGUCAUGUUUCAGAAUUAAGAGCUUCUUUACCAAUAUCAUUAUUCAUAUCACCAUUCGUUACUGUUAAAGCUAUAACUGAUAUCGAUCAAGAUGCUGCCAAUGAAGAAGAAGAAGAAGAGAUUAUUUUCACCAGCGAUAGAAAUCAUGACCAAAGUCAUACAUCAUUAAACAAUUUGAAUUCAAAUAGUUCAUCAUAUAGUUCAUUUUCAGGUUUAGUAGCACCUCCAUUAUAUGAAGCUCACAUUUAUGAUAGAUUAUGGACAGAUGUUUCACCUAUUGAUUCACCUUUAAAUUCAGGUACUUCAACCCCUAGAACUCAUAAUUAUCAAACCAAUAGUUCCAUGCAAGAUUUUUCUAUGUCACCUAUUGAUUCUGUUCAAUUAAAUGAAAAUUUAAGAUUAUUAAGUUUACAAAGAGCAGCUGAAAAUUCUAAUAAUGGUAGUUUAUCAUCAACACCAGGUGAAAGACCAACAUUUUCAUUGGAUGGUGAAAAUAAUGAUUAUUUUGGUAGAAGACCAAACUUAUCAAGUCGUAAUACAAUGGGUAAUUUACCAACAUCUUCAAAUUUGAGUAGUCAAGUCAAUUUGGGGUUGAUGUCUCCCGGACCAGCUUCACCAGCAAUGCAUUUAUCAAGAACACAAUCGGAGAAUGUGCUCAAUCCUUCGGAAAUGUCGCAAGUUCCUUCUUAUACACAAGCAUUGAAAUCAGAUGCUGAUGAAGAUUCUUUAGCUCCAGUUUAUCAACCUCCAUUACCCGAAUCUAAUAUCGAUGUGGAUGAAUUGAACAAGAAAUAUGAGACGUUAAUUUCUCCAUCAGUCCUGGCUAAUCAAUCUCCAUCACCACCAAAUUCUCGUCCAAAAACUCCUUUAUCAAGAGGAUCAUCAUCAUUCAAUUUGAAGAACCUUGGUUCAAAAAAUUCUUCCACCAACUCAUCGCCAUCAUCAUCAAGAAAUGUUUCUUUAACUAACCUUGCCAAUUUAAAUCCAUCACCUGCUCCAGGAACUCUGUCGGUUGCUAAACCUUCAACUAUGGCUUCUGAUAGGAGUGCGGCGAUUUUAGGAUCAAGUGUAAGAUCCAAUUCAAGUUUAUCGUUACAUAACCUUCAUUUCUUGAACAAGAAGAAGGACAAAAAGUAA